UCUUAUAAUGCACAACUACACAUGUAGUUGUGAUCGUCAAUAAUUGAAAAGAAUUCUCAUUAUUUUGUUGAACGCCAGUUGGUGCAUUGGAGCGUUUCAUAAAGCAUGUGGAACCCCCAAUUUGUGUGCAGUACAGUGCUAGCCCCAAUGAGUGACCUUGUGACCCAAUUGUCCACUACUGCAAUAAAUUGGUAGGGGGUCUGCAGUAGAGACUUGAAGCACGUGUUGUUGCGAGGGCCUAAGGGACAAGAUGAUUGAUUGCCAGAAAGGAAUUUGCUGACAUUUUUGUUACUAACAAAAGUGGAGAGGCAUGAUCAUUACUAGAGCUGCUUUAACAUUAUACUGGUCGUCACGGCUUUCCCCAGCUGAAAAGUGCAGCCUAUGCGGCCUUGACACCUCUUGGAAGGAUCGUCGUACGCCAUGUCGAGAAAACGUUGUAUUUUGGGCGCCUGUGUGGUAGUUGUAGUUAUCCUGGCUGCUGUAGGCCUCACCCUGGGCCUUACGCUGGGCCUCCGGGAUAAAGAUGACACAUCUCCGCAGGUUGGCCAAACUCCGGCCAGCACGGCAGCACCGAGCGUGACGAGUCCACCCUUCCCGACGGGCUUGGGGGUUUACCGACGGGCAGCCGUGGCUACAGAUUACGGUCCGUGCUCGGAGAUGGCAAGGGACAUUCUUCAAGACGGUGGAUCGGCAGUGGAUGCAGCCGUAACAGCCACCCUGUGCCUGGGCGUGGCUAGUCCGCAGAGCUCGGGGCUCGGCGGGGGGCUGUUUAUGGUCAUCUACGGCAGAAAUGGCUCUACGGAGACUAUCAACGCUUACCAAACAGCUCCAGCCGCAGCAGACUUUGAUAUGUUUGUGGACGACACAGAUCAAGCCAACUACAGAGCAAGAGCCAUAUGUGUACCGGGUGAGUUGGCGGGAUUGUGGGCAGCACAUCAAAAGUACGGAGUACUGCCGUGGAAGCAGCUCGUUACACCGGUCAUUAAUAUGGCUGAACAUGGCUUUCCGCUCGCAUGGCAUACUGCGUACUGCCUGAAAAUUCUUCAGAAAAAAUUCAACCGAUGGCCGAUUCUUAGAGAGCUGUACACGAAGCCCGACGGAUCAUUGAUGGAGUCGGGAGAUAACAUCACAGCACCUGCUGGUCUGGUGCAGACGCUCCGUGCAAUCGCUGAAGGGGGCGUUACGGCACUGUACGGUGGAGACGUGGGUCGGAAACUUGUCCAAGAUGUCAGAGACCAAGGUGGAAUAAUGACUUUGGAAGAUUUGACCAGUUACAACGUCACUUGGGAAGAUCCCGUCGUGUUAAACAUGGGGGAAGGCCAACGUCGUGUAAUGUCCACACCGGUUACAUCUAGUGGAAACCUUGUGCAGUUUACUGUCAGCAUUAUGGACGAGUGUAACUUGGCUAGCGUGAACCUCAGCUCGUACGAGGGCAAACUGAAAAUGUACCACUAUUUCAUAGAGGCUAGCACGUUUGCUAUCGGCCUGAGGUUGCACUCGGGAGAUUUCGGCAAAGCGGAAACUAAAAAAUCUGUAGCUGCUUUGUCGUCCAAGGAGUACGCCCGGACGAUCUGUUCCAAGAUCAACGAAACCUACGUUACGUAUCCCUCCGGUCGGGAUUACGACACUUUCAAUGACCUUCCCGAGACCUCCCGAGCAGACCCGGCGCUAGAGCAAGCAGAUGAAGGAGAAGCUGUGGACACAAUGAAUGGAGAUACAAGUCACCUGAGCGUCUAUUCUGAGCAAGGGGAUGCUGUGUCGAUGACUACAUCAGUAGGACGAUAUUUUGGUAGUCGAACCUUUUCCAACCAGACCGGAAUCUUCCUCAAUGGCCACAUGGGUAACCUCUACUACAACGGCCGGUCACCGUCAUGGGAGGCUAACAGACUGGCUCCGGGCGCCCGGGUUAUGUCUACCAUGAGCCCCUCUAUCAUUGCUGAUGAGGGCGGAGCCUUGGGAAUCAUCGGGUCGUCGGGAGGUCUGAGAAUUAUCUCUACGAAUGCAUGGGUGCUGCUGCGUUCUCUCUGGGGAAGUGAGUCGCUGUCGGAGAUGAUCGAUUCUCCCAGGGUUUAUCCCUACAGAAGUGUCUCUGUCAGCCGUACUUACUACGAAAAGGACUUUCCUGAGGAUCUUGUCGAAGGGCUGAAGGCCAUGGGGCACAACAUGGUUUCCACCUCGUCCUUCGCUGCUGCCCAGGGCAUACUCCGUGGACCCGGGCCGGUUAUCCAGGCGCACUCGGACCGACGUAAACAUGGAUAUCCCGCCGGUUACUAACCAACCAUUCUUCCUGCCUCGUCCCCGGGGUUUACCUUAUUUCAACCUCGUUUCUAAUGGUAUACUGCUGGGUGUGAAACUCAGUGUUGUAGUAGAGUACUUUUCCCCCGAGUACCGAGUACUGCCGAAUACUAAUAGGUUACCGAGUGCAAGUACUUGGCCCAGGCCCAGUCAGACCUAUACACAAACCCACUCACGGCUAGCUGUUAAAUGUGUUUUUUUUCCGGACGCGCACAAAGAGAAAAACCCAAACUUCGAUUUCUUGGCAAGCCAAUCAAGCCAACCAUUUCCAACUGAAAGUAUAUCGCUAAUAACGUAAUAAGGCUGUAGUAAGUCAAGCUAUACCAAUUUCUUUCUAGUACUGCUAUUCGAGAACGAGUACUUUGAUGAUCGAGUACAUUUUCGACACGUCGAGUAUACGAGUACUUUGCUGCCCGAGUGCGA